CCAGUUUUCAACAAUGCUGAAAUCAAAUGACUGCUUAUUUUCUGAGGAUAAUACAUUUUUUGAAAAGCCAGAUGAAAACUAUCCAGAUAAUGAAGAAUCAUUGGAUUGGUUUCUUCCUCCUGCUCCAUUGGUUUUAGAUAUUCCAGAUACUCAGCAGUUAGAGGAAGAAAUAGAAAGUCAUGAACUGUUAGAUCAGAAAAAGAGGCCUAAAAUGUUAACAUCAAAUUUAAAGAUUACUAAUGAAGAUGAAAAUUAUAUUUUACCAAUACAAAAAUUCCAGUGUGCCUUCCCCUAUAAUAAAUAUGAAAAAGAUGAUCAUAAUUUAGAAGGGACAGGUAACAAUGACUUAUCACAUGCUGCUGGCAAGCUGACAUAUGGUUCUUCCCAGAAAUAUAAAAAUUAUAUUGGCACUGAGAUAGCACCUGAGAAAAAUAGUCCUGUUGCUUCAGAAUUAGUUAGUUUUGUAGAAGAUAAAGAAGAGUGCGCAUCAGCAUUCCGAAAAAGAUUAUUUAAAAUAUCAGACAGUGUACAUGGGAGUGCCUAUUGUAAUGACAGUACAAACUUGGAUUCUCAUAUUGGUUCAGUAAAAAUGAUCCAAACAGAAAUGAACAAAGGGAAGGCAUGGAAAUGUAACAAUAUUAAGCAGAAACCUCCAUAUUCUACAAACAUGUUUAUAGGGAAUAAUGCUUUUUCUGCUUCUAAAAUUGGAGACAGCAUAUUAAAAGCAUCAUCUAUUUCAGUUGCAUUCCAGUCUCAAGGUAUUCAAGGAGUAACAGAAAAUAGUUUGGGUUCCUUGAAAUCUGUCACAGAAAUACCGACAAAAUUUAGAAGUAUUUUCAAAGAAUUUCCAUAUUUCAACUAUAUUCAAUCGAAAGCCUUUGAUGAUCUUCUUUACACAAAUAGGAAUUUUGUGAUUUGUGCUCCAACUGGUUCUGGAAAAACUGUAAUGUUUGAACUAGCUAUUACAAGAUUGUUAAUGGAAGUACCAUUGCCAUGGCUGAACAUAAAAAUUGUUUACAUGGCACCAAUAAAAGCCCUAUGUAGUCAGCGUUUUGAUGACUGGAAAGGAAAAUUUGGACCAAUAGGGUUAAAUUGUAAAGAACUCACUGGAGAUACAGUCAUGGAUGACCUAUUUGAGAUUCAGCAUGCCCAUAUUAUUAUGACAACUCCAGAAAAAUGGGAUAGUAUGACUAGGAAAUGGAGAGACAACUCUUUGGUCCAACUGGUUCGACUGUUUCUUAUUGAUGAGGUACAUGCUAUAAAAGAUGAAAAUCGUGGUCCAACACUUGAAGUUGUAGUCAGCAGAAUGAAAACUGUACAGUCUUUAUCUCAGACUUUAGAAAAUACCAGCACUGUCAUUCCAAUGAGAUUUGUGGCUGUAUCUGCAACAAUUCCAAAUGCUGAAGAUAUUGCAGAAUGGCUUUCAGAUGGUGAAAGACCUGCUGUAUGUCUGAAAAUGGAUGAGAGCCAUAGACCUGUGAAACUUCGGAAAGUGGUUCUUGGAUUUCCCUGCGCUAGUAACCAAACUGAAUUUAAGUUUGAUUUAACCCUCAACUACAAAAUUGCCAGUGUUAUACAAACAUAUUCUGAUCAGAAACCCACACUUGUGUUUUGUGCAACAAGGAAAGGUGUACAACAAGCUGCUUCUGUUCUUGUGAAAGAUACUAAAUUUAUUUUGACUGUGGAACAGAAACAGAGGUUACAGAAAUGUGCAUGUUCCAUAAGAGAUUCAAAACUGAGAGAUAUCUUAACGCAUGGUGUUGCUUAUCAUCAUGCUGGGAUGGAGUUAUCAGAUAGAAAAGUAGUUGAAGGAGCUUUUACUGUUGGAGAUCUACCAGUUCUUUUUACUACCAGUACGUUAGCUAUGGGAGUAAAUUUGCCUGCUCACCUAGUAGUUAUAAAAUCUACAAUGCAUUAUGUUGGAGGAAUGUUUGAAGAGUACAGUGAAACAGAUAUUCUACAGAUGAUUGGUAGAGCUGGUCGACCUCAAUUUGACACUACAGCUACUUCAGUUAUUAUGACUCGGUUAAGUACAAGAGAGAAAUACAUUCAGAUGUUAGCUUGUAGUGACACUGUAGAAAGCAGUUUGCACAGACAUCUUAUUGAGCAUUUAAAUGCAGAAAUAGUAUUGCGUACCAUCACAGAUGUGAAUAUUGCUUUGGAAUGGAUACGAUCAACUUUACUUUAUAUCAGAGCCUUGAAAAAUCCAUCUUAUUAUGGUUUUAAAUCUGGACUGAACAAAGAUGGAAUUGAGGCAAAAUUACAAGAAUUAUGUUUGAAGAAUCUGAAUGACUUAUCAUCUCUGGACUUGAUAAAGAUGGAUGAUGACGUUAAUUUCAAACCAACUGAGGCAGGAAGAUUGAUGGCUUGGUAUUAUAUUACAUUUGAAACAGUGAAGAAAUUUUGUACAAUCAGUGGAAAAGAAACUUUAUCAGACCUGGUUUCAAUGAUAGCCAACUGCAAGGAAUUUCUAGAUGUGCAGUUAAGGACAAGUGAAAAGAAAACACUGAAUACUUUGAACAAAGAUCCAAAUCGAGUAACUAUCAGAUUUCCAAUGGAAGGAAGAAUUAAAACAAGAGAGAUGAAAGUAAAUUGUCUUAUUCAGGCUCAGCUAGGAUGCAUUCCCAUACAAGACUUUGCUUUGACACAAGAUACUGCAAAGAUUUUCAGAAGUGGCUCACGAAUUACAAGAUGGUUGUCAGAGUUUGUGGCUACUCAAGAAAAGAAGUUCAAUGUAUUAUUAAAUAGUUUGAUUUUAGCUAAAUGUUUUAGAUGUAAACUUUGGGAAAACUCUCUGCAUGUAUCCAAACAGCUGGAAAAAAUUGGUAUAACAUUGUCAAAUGCAAUGGUAAAUGCAGGUUUGACCUCCUUUAAGAAAAUAGAAGAAACAGAUGCACGAGAACUGGAACUGAUUUUAAAUAGACAUCCCCCCUUUGGAACCCAGAUAAAAGAAACUGUAGUGCAUCUACCAAAAUAUGAACUUGAAGUGGAACAGAUUGCAAGAUAUGGUGAUACCAUGGCGGAAAUAUUAGUGACUGUUAUAUUAAGAAACUUUGAACAGCUACAAACUAAAAGGACAGCUCCAGAUUCUCACUAUGUUACAUUAAUCAUAGGUGAUGCAGAUAAUCAAGUGGUUUUUAAACACAAAAUUAUGGAUUCUGUUUUGCUAAGAGGUAGAACUUGGACUAAAAAGAUUGAUGUGAAGAGAGCUCUUAAAUCCGAAGAACUUAAUAUAAAUCUCAUUAGUUCUGAAUUUGUUGGACUUGAUAUUCAGCAGAAAUUUACAGUCUUUUUCUUAGGACCCAAGAGAUUUGGAAAUCAAAUAAUAAUGCAAAGAAAAUCAGAAACAGAGAUUUCACAUUCUAAACAUUCAGAUAAAUCUGCUGUAGCAGGACCAAAUAAAGGAAUGACUGUCUGCAAAAAACCUGGAAACCGAGAAUGCAACCAUCAUUGUAAAAAUAAACAGACAUGCGGACAUGACUGCUGUAAAACAGGAGUUGCACAGAAGUCAGAAACUAAAGAGUCAACAAUUUCUUCAUAUUUAUCUGAUCUAAGAAAUAGGAAUGCUGUUUCAACUCUUCCUCCGGUUAAACGUCUCAAGAUACAGAUGAAUAAAUCUCAAAGUGUGGCUCUUAAGGAGUAUAGUUUUACUGCAAAACCUUCCCUUCCCAGUGUAUCAAGGGGAGAAUAUUUUAAAAUACCUGAGUUGCCUAUAACAGAGCAGUGGGAUCAGUAUCAGAUCUGUGGGAAAGUUCAACAAGAACCAUCUGAAUAUCAAGACAAAGAAGUUUUGAAUGUGAACUUUGAAUUGGGAAAUGAAGUUUGGGAUGAUUUUGAUGAUGACAACUUAAUAGACGUUACUAGCUUUUCAGCCAAUACUGAGGAGACAAAAACAUCAGGAUUUGGAAACACUGUGAGUAUAAGUACCAAAAGUAAGCUGACCCUCCAAGAGUCAGAGAGAAAAUCCCAAAGAGAAUUAUCAAACACUUUUGUUCCAUCACAUGAGAAGCCAGAUAUUUAUUUAUCAGAUUCUGCUAUGUCCAAGUUUGAUGUAUCCUUCAUGACAAAGUUACCUCAACAGACUGGAAAUGCAAGUAUUGUUCACUUGCAAGAAAGAAAACAACAGAAUCUGUCACCAGAGAUUGAGAAGCUAUGCUUUACUCACUCUGAAAAAAUACCAAGUUUUUCAAAUUUUAAUGAUGUAGAUAUUUUUGUUCGAAACAGUGAAUGUAAAAAGGAAAUUGAUCUCAGUAUGUAUCAUCCUGAUGAUGAAGCUGAUGAAAUAAGGUCUUUUUUGGGAAUAUUUGAUGGCAUUUUCUAAAACAAGCCAAAAAAUUAUUUUGUAUAUUAGGGGCCAGCAGAUGGCAUGGUGUUUAAGGCACUGAAUUCCAUAUGGCUGACUGUGGUUUGAGGUCCAGAGAGAGUGGCUUGGGGGACACAUUGAGCACCUGUGCGUGUGUGCUCAAAAU